AUGGCCUCCCUAGAGACCAAAGUAUAUCGCCUUCGGGGUAUCCCGCCGCGUCUGGAUCGCCUAGGUGUCGCUCAAUUGGUACAACCUUUUCUCCCUGAUGGCAAGCUGGAGGAUAUUCGCGUAGCAUCUCUAGCCUUGAGCUGCGAUUUCUGGGUUGAAACUCCCACAAAAACGGCGACACUCAAUCUUAAAAAAAUCCCUGGAGUUGUACGCGCUGCUCCUGCGGCUGGAGAAUGGUACCUCCCGGUGCGCGGAUUACCUGAGUAUUCACUCAUUCUGGAUGACACGUUCUACGGUCUCACUCCUUUGAAUGAAGUAUCUCAACAUCAGUAUGACUGUGUAGUGAUUUCAGGUCUAGCAAGCCACCCGAUGGGAUCGUGGCAGCCUCGAGGCAACGACAAAUCGUUCAUGUGGAUACGAGAUAAACUACCAGAGCUCGUCCCAGGUGUUAGAUUCAUUCUCUAUGGAUAUGAUACUAAACUGGUGGGGAGUAAAUCCUUCCAAACAGUAGCAGAUCUUGCCAAUAACUUGAUCAACACACUGAAAGCAGGAGGGUGGUCAUCGCCUAGCUCGAAGGAGUUGACAUUUUUGGCACAUAGCCUUGGCGGUGUACUGCUAAAACAAUGUUUGCGUAUGCUCGCCGACAGUGAAGUCUCUUAUGAAUGCAUACUUCAAAAAACAAAAGGCGCAAUAUUUUUCGGCGUUCCAAGUGAAGGCAUGGACAUCGACGAUAUUCAUACCAUGCUUGAAGAUCAGCCGAAUAAAAACGCGCUUGUCGCCGAGAUAUCAAACCGGUCAAGUUUUCUAUCCAGUCUGGAGCAACAGAUCUCUGGCAUCUUUCAACUUCGAGAGAUGAAGCUUUGUUGGGCGUAUGAAACCCAGAAAACACCUACCGUGAAGUUGGUUGACGGUUCAUAUGGUAGAUCGGGGUCAGAGACCAUAUUAGUAUCAAGAGAGUCUGCCACGGGUAAUCGUUGUACUUCUGAUCCGGCGUCGACCAUACAAAUUGACGAAAACCACUCUAACAUGGUUAAACUCUCACCCGGAAGUCAUGUCAUUGGCCCCAUUGCGAAUAGGCUACGGCAUAUUCUUAGUAAUGACCUAGAUACCCACAGCCAAUAUUUGGAACGCUUGGCUACACACAAUCUUGCAACGGUAUUAUCCAAUAACAAAACCUUUACUGAUAACAGCUCAAGGGGUAUUUGGGACCUCAAGUGUUAG